AUGCAUCGGAUGCGCAUUGUGGAACCUUCCCAUGUCCAGUGGCUAGUGACAGAAAAUUUGGCGCGGUGGAAUGUAAUUACCAGAACAGUGCCAGGACAGGAAUACCGCUGGGUAGUGAUCAAUAGCGACGAACCCAUGAUAGGUCUGGCACCGCCCCUGGUCUCAAGCGAGAAUUAUUGGUCUACAACAGUUGAUUACUGGUUGAGCGAUCGCCUGUACCGCGCUUAUGUCCCUUCAAACCCUGGCAAUAAUGUCAACUUCCCCGCAGGUCAUUGGGUCUUGGAUUGGGGUGUUAGCAACCACCGUAUGCAUUGGAAAUUAACGUCAGAUAUGUCCAAAACGAUUUUUAGCAUAUGUGAAAAUGCACGAAAAAUAAUUCACGCUCUCAUCUCCACCUACAACCUCAAGUGCACCUUCCCCCCCAUUCUCUCCUUACGCUGGUUAGGGGAUCAAUUCUAUACAGAGGAGGCAUUGGCUGUGAAGGUCGCAGAAGCCCGAUAUCAUAUACUGGAGCAGUACGGGUUCAUAGCAUUUCACAUCAAGAAUCGUCCUGACUGGAUUACACAUCCGAACUUAUCAACCGUCAAGGAUCUAAUAAUCAGCGCUGGUCUCACAGAAUGCACAUAUCGAGGGUGCAUAGUAGAUUUCAAGAAGUUGCAUUUCGAAGAGUUGUGGAUGCCUAUUGAGCAUCAAGUCCCAAUCCACUACCAAUGGUUUCCUACGGACACUGGCCCCUUUGACCUGAAAGCGCUCAAGGCUAGCGACUACGACGAACUUAGAAGACCAAGUCGCAAGUCUCCCCCGCCGGAGGAACAUCAACUAAUUGCCUUGCCGGAUUUGGGAGAGGGUACUUUCUAUCGAGUCAGUAGCAGCAGAGAUAGGACCAUGAUCUCUAGGAGAGAGUUCAAACAUUGGGCACACUGGUGCGAGAUGAAGCGUGAGCAAUUGCCCUCAGGCAAGGUAUGUUUGCUAUUCCAGGACAUAUCGGACAAUCCUGCCAAAGCCCCCAUCACUGAUGUGGAUUUGGCAGCGCAUCAUACUGAGUUCUCCCAAAACGAAGGAGAAUUGUCCCCUGCUCACGCUGUGGAGGAGAUUGUACCAGACCACAGCACACAUGAGACCUUGCCAACCGCCCUCUCCCAGAAGGCAUUAGACCUUGUGAAUAGUUUUCUGUCCUCUAUCGUAGCUGAACCGACAGCACGGACUGCGAGGCACCACAGUCCACAUGCACAUUCCCCGCCUGGUGAUGAAUGA